CUUUAAUUUCAGUCCAAAUCCAAUAAUCAGCUAUCUUUUUUAACAUGUUAUCAAUUUUUAAAAAUACUUUAAACAAUUUUAUUCCUAAAAAAUUGGUUUUAUCUAAUUUAUAUUUGUUAUAUUUAUAUAGUAAUUUGUCAAAUUCUUUUCAAAAAUGUUUAUUAACAUCAUCAUUCUCAUUGAAUAAUGAUAAAAAUAAUGAUAAAAAUAAAAUAGAGGAUAAAAUAGAGGAAAAGAAAGAAAUUGAUGAAAUUGACAAGAAUGAAUUUAAUCAAAAGAAUAAUGAUGGAUUAAAAUAUCAACCAAGUAUUGAUGAUAUAUUAGGUUUUUUUAGUUCAAACCAACCAACAACAACAACAAUAUCAUCAUCAUCCAUUUUUAAACAAGAACAAGAAGAAUCUUCAUUAUCAAAAGAUAAAGAAAAGAUGGAUAAUUUUUUAUUUAAUUUUUCAUCAAAUGAAUCCAAAAAAUCUUUAUCACAAACUAUUUUAUCAUCAAUAACAUCAUCAUCUUCAACAUCAUUUUCAAAUAAUGAGAUAGCAAAACUUUUAUCAGAUUUUUUAGUUCCAAUAACAUUAAUAAAUUCUCGUGGUAAUAUUUUAAUAACUAAAUCAGAAGAUAGUGUUGGAUUUAAAAAAUCUCAAAGAGGUGGUUAUAAAACUGCUCAUCAAGCUGCUAUUGGUGUUAUAAGCAACAAAAAGAAUGUCAAUGAUAAUUGA